CGGGCAAACAUGGCGGCGCCCAGCGGCCGGACAGAGCCGGUCGGGAGGCGGCGGCCGGCCGCGUGAGAAGGUGGGGAUUCGAACCCGCGGCUACCGUUUUGCAAAACGCAGGAGGGACGCAGAAGCUUGGCAGCCCGCCGCAGAGCUGCUGUAGUCAUCUGACCAGCUGCCAUGAGCUGGGCCCAAGCCAUCCUGCUGGCCCGGAGCCUCUCUCGAGGCUGGGCUGGCGUCCGUGGAGCUGCCCUCAAAGGAGCCCCCAUCUCUCAGGUCUCCCCUCUGGCCCUGCGGGGCCUCCACGGCAGUGCUGCCACGCACAGCUCGGACCCGUCGCUGGUCCCACGCCCCCCUGAGCCCACCCGGAGGCCCGCCAAGGUCCAGGCGCUCCACGAGGAGCUGUUCGGGCAGGCAGCUGGCGGCGAGCGAGAAAAGGCGAGCUUCGUGAAGGCCGUGCAGGACUUCACGCGGCACAACGUGCACAGGCGGGGCCAUGUGGACUUCAUCUACCUGGCCCUGCGCAAGAUGCGGCAGUACGGCGUGGAGCGGGACCUGGCCGUCUACAACCUGCUGCUCGACAUCUUCCCCAAGGAGGUCUUCCGGCCGCGCAACAUCAUCCAGCGCAUCUUCCUGCACUACCCUCGGCAGCAGGAGUGCGGCAUCGCAGUCCUGGAGCAGAUGGAGAACCACGGGGUGAUGCCCAACCAGGAGACGGAGUUCCUGCUGAUUCAGAUAUUUGGACGCAAAAGCUACCCUAUGCUCAAGUUCCUGCGCAUGCGGCUGUGGUUCUCCCGCUUCAAGAACGUCAACCCCUUCCCCUUGCCCCGGGACCUACCCCAGGACCCCGUGGACCUGGCCACGCUGGGCCUGCGGCACAUGGAGCCCGACCUCAGCGCCAGGGUCACCACCUACCAGAUGCCUUUGGCCAAUGACUCCAUAGGGGCACUGGAUCCCAACCAGCCCCACAUCGUUGGAAUCCAGAGUCCUGAACAGCAGGCCGCCCUGGCUCGUCACAGCCCAGCCAGACCCAUCUUCGUUGAGGGCCCCUUCUCCCUGUGGCUCCGAGAUAAGUGUGUGUACUACCACAUCCUCAGAGCUGAUCUGCUGCCCCCUGAGGAGCGGGAAAUAGAGGAGAUUCCAGAGGAGUGGAACCUCUACUACCCCAUGCAGCUGGACCUGGACUACGGGAGGAGUGCCUGGGAUGACUAUACGUUUGAUAUAAAUGAAGGUAAGAGGGGGGAGGGGCAAAAUUCAGGUGGGGCCCAGGCUGAGACAGCCCAUUUGCCACACAGACCCAGGGAAAGCAUGGGCACAUACCUGGUCCCACCCUGAAGUCACCAUGCCUGUGGGAUUUCACUCAUAUA